GAUGAUGAUGGUUUUUCGAGCAAGCAGAUAAAGACAUAUGGAAAAAUCAAUUUGCAGAUCAUUAAAAAGAAGUAUUUGGAAGAAAUCAAUACUUGGACUUGGAUUGAUAGGGUGAGGCUGGUCUAUCUUUGCAUUGUUAUGGGUGUGGUGAUGAGGAGGAAUGAGAAGGUAAAUUUCCCACAUCUGUACAUGAAGUUGGUAUGGAUUUGGAGAAGUUUCGGAACUACCCAUAGGGUUUGUACUCGUUUGAUUUCCUGUUGAAGCAGAUUGAUAAAACAAAAGAUAAAUUGGAGCAUAAGGAGGGAUACCUGAUGGAAAGAUUCUUGAUUGGUUUCCAGAUUUGGAAUAAUGAAAGAUAUUCCUGCUUUAGGAGAGAUUUGUGGUACAAAAGUCAGCGACAAUUUCUCAGGUCCUUUUUGCGGUAAUUGAAGUGGAUGUGCCAAAUGUUCUUAUGAAGAUAUCAUUCGCGUUGAGACUUUAUUUCCAGAGAAUGUAUGCAUAUAUCUCUAUUUAUAUAAAGUUGAGUUACCUCCUUCCUGGUGAUGCCACCUCAGCGUCCAGGUCAGAAAGUCAGAGCCUGAGCGUCCGCUACGUGUCCAGUCACUAAAUCGCAGCGUUUCAUUAAGUCUAAAAUAGAUUUGUGCUACGUUUUGUGCGUGGGCCUAAGGUUUAGCUUAAUGAACACAUCCAUAUCUCUAUCUUCUCCGCCAGGCGUGACAUGAAGAAUCUCUUCACUGUGUUUCGAUCGUGUCGUUUGAUUUACCUUCUAAUAAUCUGAAUUACUCUCACUACAGAUUCAUCGCCUUAUACCCCUCUUAAAAUCUAUCAACUAAUGAUCAACCCUUCAACCCUUCAAUAUGAGUUGCUUAUCUUCAAUGCUGGUGAAGACGUCUACGACCAGCUUUUGCUCUCUAGGAUCAUCUCUCAGUUGGAAUCACCAAAUCCAUUCCAAAAAGUGGUUGACACUACCAAAGAAGAAGAAGAAUCAUCUCUACCAUUUAAAGGAAAAGCCAAGGGUGAGAGACAACUGGAAGAGACUAUAGAGGAAAUAGCAAAAGACAUCAAGGAGAUGAAGAGGCAGAACAAAGUAACCCACAUACUCCUCUCUGCUAUGAUCCUCCAGACGUUGACUUGGCAGCUCUCUGAGUACUCUAUGAUUUACAUGAUGAAAGAGAGAUUAACCCACCCUAUCAGUUAAGCGCGGUUGGGAACUUAUGGGGUUGAUAUGCUCUUACUGGAUGCAAAGGUAAGUCUGUUCUUAAACUUUCAGUUUCCAGUUUCAUGUAGAGUUUAUACUUUCCGAUUUCAUAUAAGAAAUACCUAACUGAAAGCGAGACAGACCAGGUCUGAAUCUUUCUUCAUCCCCUCUUUCAUGGUUCUGUUUCUUGAAACUAUAAUAUCUUUGUUACUCAGCUGGGAAGCUGUGUGCUCUUAUGUAGAUGGCAUCAGUGGUUUAGGGUCUCUAAGAUCUUUUAAAGGAAUCCUUUUGAAUAAAGCCUAGACCUUUGCUUAUAUUGUCGAAUCACUUGAUGGAUGGUUCCUAAAGGUAUUGUUUUUCUUGUUGUUGUUGUUGUUG